AUGGUAAUGAUCAACUACUUAAACCUAGUGCUCAUUGUAGGAGCAGUGGUUCUGACUGCUCGUUCCCUUCCCCUUCGCUAUCCAGAUAACCGUCCCCAAAUGAAGCACAAUCCAGUAUCACUAGAAUAUGGACAGCGAGUUCAUAAGCCACAACCAGAAUCUAAACUGCUGUUUGGUAAAGCACCAGUUCCAGCCAUUCAUCAACAUCCAGAUAUGUUGAAGAAAAAACCUUCACAUUGGAAUCACAUGCCAAGUCCGGCCUCUGCAACUCCUGUGUAUACCAUCGAGCCACCAAAGCAUCCUGUUUAUCCAGGUAAUGAGCCACCACCACCUGCUUGCAAGGCCUCGACUGCGUAUGAUUACCAUUAUGGACACCCUCCGGCAGAUGAAACUGGGAACUAG